AUGUCUGACCAACAUAUAGAUCAAAGAGUUGGUACGAUAUCCAAUUUAUCAGCAGGACUAAAAUCCGUAUCAUUAAAUGAUCAACAGCAAAAUGAAGUCAAUUUAAAUUUAUUACAACAACAUUUAAAAAAUGAAGUAAAUAAUCAAAAUAAUAAUAAUAGUCAGAACAACAGUCAGAGUAAUCAAUCACAAUCACAACAAAUACAAUCUAGAAUUUCACAAUUUUUUCAAAAUCAACCAACUGAAGGAUAUACAUUAUUUUCUCAUAGAUCAGCACCUAAUGGCUUUAAAGUUGCCAUUAUAUUAUCCGAAUUAAAUUUACAAUUUAAUACAAUUUUUCUUGAUUUUAAUAAUGGUGAACAAAGAGCACCAGAAUUUGUAACAAUAAAUCCAAAUGCAAGAGUACCUGCAUUAAUUGACCAUUAUAAUGAAAAUACAUCAAUUUGGGAAUCUGGUGCAAUUAUAUUAUAUUUAGUUCAAAAAUAUUUAAAAGAGAACGGUAGUUGUAAUUUAUGGUCAGACAAUUUAAUUGAACAACUGGCUAUUAAUUCAUGGUUAUUUUUUCAGACUUCUGGUCAUGCUCCAAUGAUUGGUCAAGCUUUACAUUUUAGAUAUUUUCAUUCAUGUCCUGUUCCUUCAGCAGUUGAAAGAUAUACUGAUGAAGUUAGAAGAGUUUAUGGAGUUGUUGAAAUGGCAUUAGCUGAAAGAAGAGAAGCUUUAAUUAUGGAUUUAGAUGUUGAAAACGCUGCUGCUUAUUCUGCUGGUACCACCCCAUUAUCACAACUGAGAUAUUUUGAUUAUCCAGUAUGGUUAGUUGGAGAUAGAGCAACUGUUGCUGAUUUAUCAUUUGUACCUUGGAAUAAUGUAGUUGAUAGAAUUGGAAUUAAUUUAAAAGUCGAAUUUCCUGAAGUUUAUAAAUGGACUAAAUUUAUGAUGAGGAGACCAGCAGUAAUUAGAGCAUUGAGGGGUGAUUAA